ACCACGAUAAUGGGAACCGGGAAAUAAGAAUAACAGCACCAAAAGACGGAAAACAAAUCGUAUUCCGUAUUUGUCUUUUGGAUUUGUACAACGGGUAGUAAUGCUUUGUUGUUUAUUGCGGGGUGACGUGAAGUACGCACAUUAAGAUCCUCAGUCAUGAUUUCUACCAAUGCCCCGUAAAAAGAAAACGACACUGAAGCGUCCUCUGCAGUUCCGGGAAGCGCCACUGGGUGGAUCCAGACUACAAGAUUUGCCUGAAGUCCGAGCAGCAGUCAAUCCCAAAUCAUUUAUAGGAGAGGGGCAGUCCCCUAAUAGAUCAGCUUGUAAUUCUUGGGUGAGCCCACAGUUUGACCAGCUGGCCGUAGCUGCAGCUCCAGUGAGACGAGGGAGGAGGACAUGCCAGUCUACGACCAGCGUGCUCGACAGAUUCAGCCAGUUGUCCAGGAAAAGCACUGCCUGCAAGUUCCCACAAUUGUCAUUUGAGAGGAGGACAAGGGACCAAUCUCUCCAAGCUAAACAAACACGUGGAAAGAAAACUACAGCAUCUGCUGCUUUGGCUGGCCCGGCAGAUCAACCGCAGGGAUCGUGCCAAAUCAAUAGCACAAUUUCUCACACGAGUGCACAGUAUGUAGACACACCAAAGAGACAGUCAUCCUUGGCCAGAAAAAGGAAUGUGGGGGACUCUGAUGGUACUGCAUCCUCCAGCAGGCGUUUGGAUGCGCUUGGCGCUCCAUCCAUCGGUGUGACAGGGACAUGCAUAAUCCCAGCACCCUCUGCUUUGACGCCUCCCCUCACAGAGCUCCGCACCCCCAAUGUAAGCAGUGUCCUCACACCACCCGAUGUGGACACUCCAGAAGUACCACAGGAAGGGAGUGUUUGUCCCUCCUCUUUCCCUUUUCCCCACUUGCUGUUACCCCCAUGUCAGGCAUCCACACCACCACAUGAUCAGACAGCUGACGUUUUGGUGGCAGACACUCCGGAGAGGGACUAUGGGCUAAAGGUGACAUGGAGGAGGAGGAGAGCUUUGAUGAUGAUGCUGAAGGAGAAAGGUUAUCUCUCUGAUUCAGAUGUACUGAUUCACAGUUGAUAAUAUGGAGGAUCUGUAAAAAAAAAAAAAGAAAUCCAGGUCAACGGCGUCACCCACCGGGCAUAAAUUCCUCAUUCUCUGGAGCAAU